AUGACAAAUGGCAAUCUUCAUUUGCCGGAUAAACGGCAAGACGACAGUCGUGCUAGUGUUCUGAGUACCCGGCAACGUUUGGACGACUGCCAGAUUCGUGCAAAUGAUAGGCUAGCGAAGCCAGGUAGUGAGCUGAACUGCAGGUCCCCCGAGGUUGUGUCGGGUUGCAACGUGAUCUCAGACGUCUGCUCUUGCAGCUCUGCACCCGCAUGCCCCGGCCAGCCUUCGCCCUACUCCUUUCGCGAUCUGGAGGAAUGCACCAUCAAUCUGGAUGUCAUGCACCAGCACGCCAGGCAGCGGGAUUUAGAAGGUAUUGCUCUCUCGUCUAUUUCUAAAAAUGAACUAUAUUGCAUUAGAAGGCUAUAUUAA